AUGCUGGAAGGCAACGACGCUACAGCCUCGACCCAGAGCAGGGACUCCCAGACCGAGAAAACUGGCAAGGCCAAUGCUACCCGCCCCAGGAAACCUUCUCGCCAGCGCAGCACUCCUGAAUCAGAACCUGGGCCCCUCAACCUUGAAUCGCCGGUUACCGCUCUGCAACGGGUCGAUUCCAAGCGGGCAGUUCAAUUGGGAAGGCUCGAAGUUACCACUCUCAGGGAUCUUCUCUACUUCUUCCCUCGCCGUCAUCUGGACUACUCCGCUGUCGUCAAGGUUGCGGAAUUGCAAUACGGUCAGGAAAGGACUGUAGAGGGGAACAUCCUGGAGAUUCGUGAAGAACGAAGGGGGCGAAACCGCCAGCUCAGGAUAACGGAAGCCCAGUUGGCCGACGAGACGGGCAGUGUGAAGGUUAGCUGGUUUGGACAAGGAUACCUUGCUCGGACCCUUCCUGCAGGUACCAGGGUCGCGAUAAGCGGCAAGGUUGGAGACUUCAACGGCCGAUUAGUGUUCGAAUCACCCGAGUAUGAAGUGCUACGAGGCAGCCAGUCGUCGAUUCACACCGGUCGUCUAUUACCGGUCUACCCAUUAACCCAGGGGUUAACCGGUCGGACUCUUCGCAACCUGACCUGGCAAACGCUUCAGAUGGGGUUGCCACUGGUCUCGGAAUCACUCCCUGAAUCAGUGCGGAAGCGUCGGAGUCUUAUUCCAUCAAGGGAAGCAAUAAAACAGGCCCAUUUUCCUGACGGCCAGGCCAACCGGGAUCAGGCACGCCGUCGCCUGGCCUUCGACGAAUUGUUGACUCUCCAACUGUCGGUGCUUUCCCGCCGGCAAAAGAAAAACCAGCUGAUGGGGGGCGUCACCAUUGCGGGAGACUCGGAGUUGGUCGAAGGGCUGAUAUCCAACCUGCCAUUUGAGCUUACCGGGGCCCAACGCCGCAGCAUUGACGAAAUUCUGGCCGACCUGUGUCAGGGCACUCCACCCAUGAACCGUUUGCUGCAAGGGGAAGUGGGCAGCGGCAAGACGGUGGUGGUGCUUAUCGCCCUGCUGGCAGCCAUAGCCCGUGGGUACCAGGGAUCCAUCAUGGUGCCGACGGAAGUCUUGGCUGAACAGCACUUUCAGACGGUGGCUAGGCUGCUGGGAGGCAUGCCAUUAACGGUAGGACUGCUAACGGGGAGCACUCGAGCCAGACCGCGUAGGCGGCUGACGGGCAUGGCCUCCGAGGGAACCCUUGACCUGCUUAUCGGUACUCAUGCCCUGAUCCAAGAGGGGGUGGAGAUACCCCGCCUGGCCCUGGCGGUAAUGGAUGAGCAGCACCGGUUCGGCGUUAUGCAGCGGUCGGCGCUGCGCCAGAAGAGCGACGAAAACCCGCACACCCUCGUCAUGUCGGCGACGCCAAUUCCCCGGACCCUGCAGUUGACCUUCUACGGCGACCUCGACAUUUCCACGAUUGACGAACUUCCUCCGGGGCGCCAGGAAAUCCUGACACGAUACGUGGAGCCGGACCGGAGAGAGGCUGCCUAUGGCUUCAUCAGCCGUGAAAUCCAGGCAGGUCGACAGGCAUUCAUCGUCUGCCCGCUGAUAGAAGAAUCGGAGGUUAUCGAAGCCAAGGCAGCGACUGACGAGCACCAAAGGCUGUCCAGGGGAGGUGUUCCCCGAACUGAAACUGGGCCUUCUCCACGGCCGCAUGGCCUCAGUGGAGAAAGACAAGGUGAUGCGGCGUUUUCGAGACGGUGA